AUGGAAAAGAUGACCAAAGACACUGCGUUCGACAUCAUCGCCGAUGAAGACCACGGCGUAGGCACCACCGCCUCUAUCUACAUUGAUCCAGCAAAGGAAGCAGCAGUUCGACGGAAAUUUGACAUUUAUGUCGUACCGAUUUCAGUCAUUUAUCUUGUUAUGUCUACCCUAGACCGCAACAACCUCGGGAAUGCCCGCGUUUUCGGUUUCGACGAAGAUGUCGGACUGAAAGGUGGCCAGUUCGGCAACAUCCAGACUCUGUCUAGCGUCUGUACGGUUCUCUUCGAGGUCCCCUGGGUCCUGGCCACUCGGCGAUGGGGCGCCAAAAAGGCGAUCGGAACUGCAUUCGUCCUAUGGAGUAUCUGUACGCUUGGGACUGCGUUCGUUCAAACGUACGGCCAGACGAUUGCUUGUCGUAUGUUGUUGAACGCCGCGGAAGCUGGUCUCGCGCAGGCAUUCGCCUUCUUAUUUUCGACUAUCUAUCCCCGUGAAUUGGCGGGAAAGCGAAUCAUGACCACGAACCUUGCCCAGUGCAUCUCUGGUGCUUUUGGCGGGCUCUUCGCAUAUGCUGUCCAGACAAUGGGAUCGCGUCAUGGUUUUGCUGCAUGGAGAUGGCUCUUCAUCAUUGAGUUCGGGCUCACUGUGGUUAUCUGCGGCAUUGGUUUGUUCUUCCUGCCGGGCGAAGUUGAGAAAGCAUGGUUUCUGGACGAGGAAGAGAAGGAGACUAUGCGGCUCAAGAAGGAACGAGACUUUAUGAUCCGUGGAGAAGGGAAAUUUGAGCGCAAGUGGAUCAAAAUCGCCCUGACCGACCCCUUUGUCUACCUUCUUGGCAUUGCUUUCUUUACCUCGUCGGUUGCCAUCAACGGAUUUGGAGUCUUCCUACCUACCAUUAUCUACGGUCUUGGCUUUGCUUCCCUCAAGGUGAACUAUAUGACCAUUCCGGUAUAUACUCUUGGUGCAAUAUCCCUUUCAAUCCAGGUCUACUAUUCCGACAAGCUCAGGAAACGAGCUUUUUUCAUCGUCGGAUGCUGCGCACCUGUAGCUAUUGGGUAUCUUAUGUGUGUUUGGUCCAAAAACCCCGAUGUUGGCUACGCCGGCAUGUUUGUCCUUGUCAUAGGACUAUAUCCCAUCUCGACUUUGGCUGUGACUUGGAUCACGACGAACCUAGCACCCGACACAAAGCGUGCUAUUGGCCAGCCGUUUGCGUAUAGUUUAGCCAAUGUAUCGAACCUUGUUUCCGGGCAGCUUUAUCCAAGUCAGCAAGGUCCACGAUACAUCCCUGGCAACUCUAUUUCAGCUGGUCUCACCAUCGUCGCUGGAUUUCUCUACGCCUCAUGCUGGCUUUUGCUGAGGAAAAGAAAUGCUAAGAAGGCGAAGCUGAUUGCUGAAGGAGCUACCACAAAUGGCAAGGAAGGAGAUCAGAGCCUUGACUUCACGUACAUUCUCUGA